AGAUGGAACGCCUAAAGGGUUCGUGGGAAUGGGUCAAGAAUCGCUUGCCCAAUCCCUUCAAGCGUGACACAUAUAUGCUGGGGUUAACCAUACUGGGCUCUAUUAUGAUAUACCCUGCUGGCGUAUUGUCGUAUACAGAUGCUCUCUUCUUCUCUGCAGGUGCAGCUACCCAGAGUGGUCUUAACACGCAAGUUGUGCUUUACUUUAUGGCCUGCCUCGCGAAUCCAAUUUUCAUCAACACAUGUGUCGUCUUUAUCCGUCUUUACUGGUUUGAGCAACGGUUCGACCACAUUGUUAAGGAAGCCCGAAAUCAGCGCCGCACUCGAACAAGGUCACGGACUGUCAGUGAAUCUCGAGAAGACCCAGAUCUAGGACGUGUCGAGAUGGGAGUCAACGGCCGUAAAAUCACAGUUCUGCACCACACCACAAAACCGAAUGGUAUGAGCGCCAGAAGUGCUAACGCCAAAGUCCAUGGUAUGGACGAAAAGGAACGUCUGGAGCAUCUUGCUGGAAGUUUGAACGACACCCAUGGCAGCACGUCAGAAAGUGCCGAAUCAAGCGAGAAACGAGAGCCAAGGUUCGGCGACGGUGACGAAACAAAUUCUACGAACGGAGACGAAGAAGUGGCCCCAGACGUGACAGCGACUCGAAAUGAGAGUGAGGACUCAAGGGGUGAGACAGACGAGGAAGCUGAUGAGACACCUGCCGAACAAACCUGGCUGGGACGAAACCCAUCUCUGAAACGAGAAAUUACCUUUGCAGACCAAGUCAGACCUUCCGAACACAGACGACAAGCUUCGAAUCUCCAAGCUGUACCGGAAAGACCCAAGCCAGUCCGCCUAGAAACAGAACACCAUAUUGCAUUCCUGGAGAGGCAACGAAACAUCAAAGAUCAACAGACUUUGCGCAUUCCUAACCCUAGAGAGUUUGAUCGAGGUGAUCAGCCUCACGAAGUCGACUCUGAUGAAGAAAUUGAUGGCCUCAACCGCCAAAUGACCAGGAACACUCUCCCAUCAUCACCCCGUCUCCGCGGCCGCUCGUCGUCUGACGCUCCGUCAGGUCAGCUAAACGGCGACGACCAUCCAGUCAGGCGAGGCAUCAUCAUCGAUGAACCAGAACGCCCACGACGCGACCGUCAACCGUCGCCAUCAUCGAGCACUGGACGCUCACAUCGCUUUAACAUACUCGCACCUCUUCGCAAUUUUCGUAGCAGACAGCGCGGAGAGAGCACUACGUUUGGUCGUUCUUUGAGCGGCUUCACCAAUAGGACCUUCAGUUUCACGAAGAGCCAGGACCGUGACAUGCAGGAUCCUAUGCCAUAUCUAAGUUGGCAACCGACGAUUGGCCGUAACUCUCAGUUUGUGGAUCUUAGCGAGGCACAGCGAGAAGAGCUAGGUGGCAUCGAAUAUAGGGCACUCAAGACGCUGGCACUGGUGCUCGUGUGCUACUUUGUCGGAUUUCAUCUUCUCGGUGUCGUUGUCUUCGUUCCCUGGAUCCUUGAGAGNCAAAAGUACGGCAAUGUCGUUACCUCGGAUGGCCAAAGCAGGACGUGGUGGGGCAUCUUCACACCUGCGUCCAUGUUCAACGAUCUUGGCUUCACGCUCACUCCGGACAGCAUGAUAUCCUUCCAGACAUCUACCAUGCCCCUCUUGUUUGGAUCUUUCCUGAUCAUCAUCGGUAAUACUGGCUUCCCAUGCAUGCUCCGUUUCGUCAUCUGGCUCGUCUCAAAGCUCGUUCCUCAUGGCAGCGGAAUCUGGGAAGAGCUUCGCUUNUUGCUCGAUCAUCCUCGUCGCUGUUUCACGCUCCUGUUUCCGUCAAAGGCCAAUUGGUGGCUUUUUGGAGUCCUUGUAGGUCUCAACGCGAUCGACCUGAUCUUCUUCAUCAUCCUGGACAUUAAUGACACAACGGUCACUUCUCUGGCUCCAGGAUAUCGAGUAUUGAAUGGCUGGUUCCAGGCUGCUUCUACUCGUACAGCUGGAUUCGCUUCCGUCAACAUCGCGGAUCUUCACCCAGCCAUUCAGGUGUCCUAUCUGAUCAUGAUGUAUAUUUCCGUCUUCCCUGUUGCUAUCUCAGUACGCAGAACCAACGUGUACGAAGAAAAGUCUCUUGGUAUUUUUGCCGGCGAGGAAGAAGAGGACGAGGAGAAUCGCAGCUACGUUGGUCAACAUUUGCGUCGACAGCUGAGUUUCGACUUGUGGUACAUUUUCUUGGGCUUCUUCAUCAUUACCAUUGUCGAAGGUCAUCGCCUGGAGGACACCAACGCCUACGCUUUCACCAUGUUCGCCGUCCUUUUCGAGAUCGUGUCUGCAUAUGGUACCGUUGGUCUUUCUCUUGGAUAUCCAACCAUCAACGCCUCGUUCAGCGCCGAAUUUGCGACAUUGAGCAAACUUAUCAUCAUUGCUAUGAUGGUUCGUGGCCGGCAUCGUGGUCUGCCAUAUGCUCUGGAUCGUGCCAUCUUGUUGCCUUCAGAAAACCUCCACAAGAACGAAGCAGAGGGUACGACAACUGCCCGUAGUAGCGGAGAUGAGGCCCGUCCCUAUUCACGCGCUUCGUCCAACAGAGACAGUAAUGUACCUCCUGAAGCCAGUGGUGCCUCUCUGGACUUCAGCCCCACUGGCUUGAGACAGAUGCGUCGUGGUAGCCAGGUCAGCACUAGAUCCGCUGCAACUAGAAGUCAAGCUCCCACACGACGCAUGUCCAAGAUCUUGAUGAGCGGGUUGAGUGCUGGGCCAACGAUGGGCAGGAAAUAUGAC